AUGUCGUGCUGCUUCAACAACAUUGUCUUCUCUCACUCGCUGCUGCCCAUCCCGCCUGGGACUCGCAUCACUCCAUCCAUCCUGCUUCUGGUUGCCCACGACUUUCAUGCUGCGGUUGCCUGCAAUGGGCACGUCGCGUAUCCCGACUGGCUGGCUAUCGGUCAGCAUCGAAUGAAUCUGUCGGCGCUGCAUGCCUCGGCCCUCUUCUCGACGUUUUGCGCACUCUUCGAUGCAGUGUGGCCCGUCGUCAACCGCACUCGCGACGGACGCAGCACGAGCAGCAACGGCGUCCGGGACGAGCACAGCGCAAGCAUAGGGCCCGACGACACCCACCGAGCUCUUUUCGCGACGGACUUUGAAUUGCUGCUGCAAGAAACGCCGUUCGCGCAAGCUGGCAAGAGUACGGCCCACGUCAGAACACUCUGUCGGAUCGAGUGCGCGUGCUUCUGUCUCUUUCUCUUCAUCCAGUUGGCCCAUUUGGCGUGUGGCGAAUAUCCCGGCUGCGAGUCGGCAUUCGAGGGCGACCAGACGCCCCGCCCCACACCAGACCCGGAAGCAAGCGCCCCGCAGUUCCAAAACGAGGCCGAGGCACUUCAAGCCUGCUAUGGCAACCACCUUGCCUUCUGGCUCGGUGCGAGCCACCAGUGGCUCAAGCCCGUGUUUGUCGUCUACUACGGCCUCGGCGAGUACAAAACCGUCGAGGACCUCGACAGCGCCGCUAGUGCCAGUCUCAACUUUUGCCUCGACGACCUGUGCUGCCUGGACUUUGUCUGGAAAUGCACCCUUCCGGCUCUGGACCGCGACCAAUCGGGGCUUCUGCGCAAUUUUCGGCUCUGGUUCAAGUCGCGCCUUGGCUCCUCGGCCCUGUCAUCAUCCAGCUCGGCAGCGUCGCUGCAUGAGGCCGUGUGCCGAAACGGGCCGACCAGAGCCGAUGUGCCGUCGCCCGAGGCGUCCGUGGAUAGCGGCCUCUCGGAUCUGUUGACCCCUUCGUCAUCAUCGGGCAGUGUCCCUGUGCUGGUUUCUCAGGCAGUGGCCAGGCUCUGCGAGUUUGGCAUCCACCCUCGGGACAACCAAGUCAACAUCGAACUGGUCAGCGCCUUUUUCGAGUGGUGCUGCCAUUCAGCCAGUAUCCGUGCCGGAGUCAUGUAUGAGGAUCCGAGCUUUGCGAUAUCGUUUUCAAAGAGCGGCAUGAUCGAAGGUCUGCCCCUGAGAGACUCGACGGAUGCGCCAGAUGAUCGAGCCGUGUACAUUCGUUCUCCUCGCUGUCCUCUGAUCUGGAUUCCUCCGCGGGCCACCCCGCCUCACCUCCACGUUUGUCGGAUAAGCAACGCCGUGGUCUAUGUGCUGGGAGCAUCCACAGCCGUCACCGUCACUGACUGCACCAACGUCAGCAUCUUUGUCGUGGCGUCGCUGCUUCACCUUCGCGGAUGCCACAACGUGCGCCUCUCCACAUGUGCUCGAAGUGUUCGGCUCUCGGACUGCACUUUGGUCAAGGUUGCGUGCAUCACCAACACCCCCAUCAUCGUGACCGAUCGCGCUGACGACCAGCCGUUGUCACAGGCCCCGCAGGCUCGCAGUGUGAUAUCAAUGCUGUCGCCAAUGAACGCAUUCCACACCAACAUCCUGGCCUGCACCCAGAUGGCUCAGAUUGAUUUGCGACCGCAGCACAACCUUUGGAACAGGGUCCUCUUCUGGAACGUUUCUCACCACUCCAAGCACGAGGAGCUUGCGCGUGAACUCAGCACAAUCGUUUUGGACCCAGCUCGGUUCUAUGCCUACCAGUUGCCCUUCCAGAUGCAUCCGGAGCCAGGCCGACCCGAGUCUCACAGCUACCCGUUCAAGCUACCGGAGGGAUACAAGGCCAAUCCGCCUCGCCCGCUACGAUCCAAGAUCAAGUCCAUGUUUUCGUCCUCGCUGGCUGAGAUCGAGACAGACUUUCGUGCGUGGCUCAAGCAACCGUCACAGAUCCAGCUCACCCUUGGACUGAUGUCCUUGGUCGACGAUCGCGCCGGAGAAUAUGUGUCUGAGCUGUCUCGUGCUGCGGAAUGA